AUGAAGAAGAAGAAACAUUCAUUUCCAAAGCGUCAAAAUUAUGUUACAAAAUUAAAUUCAUCAAGUAUUGGAGAAUUUGCUGCAUCCAAUAAUGAACAUUCAAUGGAUAGCACAAAUGAACUUUCUGCAUAUGAAGUUUUGCUGCACAAAAAAGGUGCGAUAGAUGAUAUCGAGUCCAGUUUGAGUAAAGGAAAAAUGAUGCCUAAUUUAACUGGUAAAACAGAAGACUGCAAAAGUUUUACGAAGAGAGAGACAAACAAGUUAGCAUCGAAUUUUCUCUCUGGAAGUGUCCGUGAAUACGGUGAUGAAUUGGAUGAAAUUUAUGAAACUGAAAAAAAAGAAAGAAAAUUAACAAGGGGAGAGAUUCGAAAAGGAAUUAAACGAAAACUUAAGACAGGUAAAUCAGUUGAUAAAGGAGGAUUAAAUGAUUCGACUAAAAUGCGAAGGCAGACACAUUCAAAUGGUAGUGUCUUCAGCUCAUUAUUUAGGAAGGGUGACAGUUUGGAAGAAAUGCCGGAUUCACUGGAACAAAACACGUGUGACAAAGCUCCACAGAAUUCUAAAAAAAAGAAAAAGAGGAAAAUACAGAAGAAGGUCCAGAAAAUAAUUUGUGGUGGGAAAACUAUUGAUUAUAUUAUGGGUGAAGGAGAAGAAGCAGCUGAAAUUGGUGAGCGCAAAAAUAUGAAGAAUGGAAAAGGGCAAGAUAAGGAAUUCGAAUUAUAUGACGAUCUGAGUGCUUGCUCUUCGUUCUUGAAUGAUGAAGAAGAAGGAACUGCAAAUGAUAUGGUUCAUGAGAAUUUUGUAAAAUGUUACGGAAUAGAGGAGAAUGAAAAUGUUCAGGGCGUAGUUAUUGAUUUUGAACAGAAACCUUUCUCAUCUCAUUGUGAUUCCGUACAAAAUGGAUUGGAUGCUUUUCAAUGGCUUAUUGACUCCUAUGAUAUAGCACAGUUUUUCAAAACAGUAUUCCAGAAAGAAGUAUUUUGCAUCUGUCGUAAUAACCCAAAUUACUACGGCAAUUUAUUUAGCACAGCAAAAUUUAUCGACAUUCUGCGAACGAAUUAUGUCGAAUACGGUACCAAUGUAAAUGUUGCUGUGUACAAGAAUCAACAGAGGAGAACUUUAAACGGUUCUGGGAGAGUUUAUCCUCAAGAAAUACAAAAAAACAUUAAGGCUGGUUGUUCAAUACAGUUUACAAAUCCUCAAAGCUUUUGUGACAAUGUUUGGUACUACUGCGAUUUAUUACAGGAGGUAUUUGGCUGUUUUGUAGGAGCUAAUACUUAUAUAACCCCCAAAAAUACGGCCGGUUUCGCUCCUCAUUGGGACGAUAUAGAUGCUUUCUUGCUUCAACUAGAAGGACGAAAACAUUGGAAGAUUUAUGCACCGAUCGACGAUAAUGAAAUGCUUCCUCGACUACCCAGCGGUAAUUUUACGGAUGAUGAUCUUGCUAAUCGUACUCCUGUUUUCAAUGAUUGGCUGGAACAAGGCGACAUGGUAUAUAUUCCCCGAGGUUUUAUUCACCAGGGUUUCGCAGACAAAGAUGUUCAUUCGUUACAUCUCACAGUCAGUGUUUGUCGCAAUGUCGCUUAUGCUGAUCUUCUGGAACAUAUCAUUCCCGCUGCUUUAUCUAAUUUUGCUGACCAGCACGUAAGCAUUCGCAAAUCCUUACCAGCUGGUUAUUUGGAUAUGACGGGUGUAUUGAAAUGCAACUAUCCAUUGUUCAAAACUGGUACUAUGAAGUUACACCGCUUUCUCGAUUCUAUGUUUUCAAAUUUCUGCAAAUAUAUUAAAGAGUUAAAUGAACCGGCUAUUGAUAUGAUGGCCAGAGAAUUUAUGAAGACAGCACUUCCACCUGUGCUCACCGAAGAGGAGAAAGAUAUGACAGCAUUAUGCGUUGCCGGUUCGUCGUUAUAUGAUGAUAAUGAGCACGUUUUUACAAAGGAUGUACCAAUCAAGCUUUUAAGAAGACAUGGCCAAAGGCUUAUUUAUGAGUCGGAAGAAUGUUGUUUUAUUAUACAUCGAAUGGCGAAUUCGAGAGUUUAUGAAGGAAGGCCGGAAGUUUUGUUUGAUCUGGAUGUGGAACUUGCGGAGGGAUUUGCAAAUUUACUGGAUGUAUAUCCUCACUGGUGUUUAGUAUCGGAUUUGAAAUGCAAUACUGUAACCGACAGCAUCAGAUUGGCAAAACUUCUAUACAGCAAUGGACUACUUAUGGCUAAAUUUCCGAAUAUUAUGGACUGA